CCAAACGAGAAGUCGGCGGUUUGUUGUGCGGAUGAAAGAAACAUUUAAACGCGAGUAUUUUCAAUAUUCUUUGCCAAAAUUCUAAACAAUUUAUAUUUCGGAUAGAAAAUUGUAUGUCAAUAAUUAUCCAAAAUGGAUAUGUGUUUAUUGUGUUUGGAAUUGCAACAUGAAUCGGUUGAUUGCAUUUAUGUUUCAUCACAACAAUGGCAGGAAAAUAAUAUGAACGAAUUGAUAGAACAACAUUUCUGGCCACUUGACUCUAUAAAAACCAAUUCGUGGAUAUGUGCAGCCUGCUUCCACAUUUUGAAUGAAUUUCAUAAAUUCUAUAUACGUAUUGAGGAGGCCCAUGUGGAUUUUGCCAUGAGUAUGAAAACAAUCAAAACUUCACCAGCUCAACCGGUACCACCAGAACAAAAUGACUUUGAAGAACUUAUUGAUAAAAAUACAAGAAGUAUUGACAUUGUUAUCAAACUAAACGAGAAUAUUGACGAUUCACAGCCAAUUCAGUGCAGGGAGAAUAUUAAAGGAGACAAACUCUAUGCGCAAGAGCAAUCUAAUUUGCAAGAAUCAUUAUCGCCAGCAAAACCAAAUUCAAAAUGUUUUCUGACACAUGUAAAUAAUUCGAGUUUAAAUCUUCCGACCGAUUCAAAUAUUUACGAAUAUCAGGAAAAUGAACUUUCAGUACAAGAGGAAUUAAAUAGUUUAUUGGAAGAUAGUUUUCACGAAAAUCCACACACUUUGAUGAAUGACAUAAGAUCGGAAGACCUGGAUGCAAGGACUGCCGUCUUUGAAGCAGAACAGCAUCAACAGCUGAUCGAACUUUUAGGUGAUGAAAUUCUGGAUAGUUUAUCCAAAGAUUUUCUUAUAAAUGAAAUGCAAAAAGACCUAGAGCAAGAUGGCCAACAAUGCAUUGAAAAGAGGAAAAACGAAGAAGGUCAACAUCUUCAAAAUACAGCCAUUUUCUUUAAGGAAAGCCUAACUGAAAGUCAAAGCAUAAAUGGUAACAAACUCAAUGAUCUUAAUAAUCAAGAAGACAAUGUAAUCGACGAUGUGCCCAAUGUUGUGUCACACGUGUUCGCAUGCUCAGAGGAAAAUUCAGAAAAUGCAAUUUCUAAACACCAAAAUUCUCCCCAGAAUUUUAAGGAAAAUUCCGAAAAUACACUGUCUAAUAACGAACAAACCCAUAAUGAUUCAAUUAAUAAAUACACAGAUGAACAAAAAGCCGAUUUGAACGAUAAUCAGGAUAAUGCAGGGACUAGCAAAGUAAUUAUGAAUGCUGAAGAGUCCCCAUUUGAUGAAGAGCCCAUAUCAGAUGACAAUGGUAUGGACUUAUAUAACGACAAUACAAUUGAUGAAGAACCUAUAACGUAUGAUGAUACCGCGCCCAGAAAACGUAAGGAUCCAUUAGAGAGGAAUAUGUUUAGAAAAAUUCCCAAAAUAUUAAUAAAGCUUGAUGCAUCUGAUGAGGCAAAAAGUUCAAAGGAAACCGAAGAAAAUGAAGCACUAAAAGAAUAUCCUCAAAAUGACGAGGAGAAUGACACAAAUCAAUUGGAAACGAACGCCAAUGACAUUCCAAAAAGUAAGACCCGAUUGAAAAACAGAAAUGCUAAGAAAAAUGCCAAACUAAAAAUUGAAUUAGCUGCUACAGGCGAUGAGGUGAAAGAUCAAGAGAAAAAAGAUUCUGAAAGCAAAAGUGAUACCAAAACACCGCGACUACGACGUUCUCUCCGAAAAUUGUCAAAUGUUUCGACUAGCAGUAAUGAAUGUAGCACCACUACCACCUCCUCCUCCUCCUCCUCCUAUCAAAUUAGUCCCAGUGAAAAUGAAAAUACCAAUAGUCUUGAUGGUAUAAAUGAUAUUCCCAUGGAGGCUACGCCAGGCAAAGAUGCGAUUUCAGAUUCUCAAAAUGAUACCGAACCUUCGGCUGUGAAUUCAGGCGAGGAACUGCCCGAAUUGACACGAAAGGAAUACGACAACUUUUUAGCCAAAAACUUUCGCAUGUAUUGUGAUAUUUGUAAGGAGGAAACGAAAACCUUUUCAGAUUUACGUCGUCACUUUCAGACGGUACACAAUGAACAGGCCUAUGUUUGGUGUUGUGAUAAGAAAUUUCGGCGCCGCUGUCAUCUGGUCGAACAUAUUCGCAGUCAUACGGAUGUCUACAGUUAUAAAUGUAAAUAUUGUGAAAGAGUAAUGUCCACACGCCGCUGCUUGCGAUUGCAUGAAAAACAUGUCCAUGAAAAGGAGUACAACCGGCACACCUGUGAUAUCUGUGGCAAGGCAUUUGUGUCCGCCAGUGUGCUCAAGAAACAUAAGCUAAUACAUUUAUCCGAGGAGGAGAAGAAAUUCAGUUGCAAUGAAUGUGGAAAAAAAUAUGGUUCCCAGACCUUGCUCGAUCACCAUGUGCGCCUCAUACAUUUGGAGAAAUAUGUGAAGAUUUGUGAUAUUUGUGGAAUGGUAUUGCGAAAAAAUGAUGCUUUCGAAAGGCAUAUGCUAAAGCAUUCCGACAAGCCCAUCAAUUAUAUGCGCUGUGAUGUGUGCGGGGCACGUUUUGUAAAUGAGAAGAUUUUGAAAAGUCACAUGGCUCUGAAACAUCCUGAGGGCGGUAUUGUUGAGUACACGUGUCAUGUAUGCGGAAAAGUUUCGCUAAACAUGCGUAGUCAUCGAAGACAUGUCCAGUAUAAUCAUGAAAUGACCAGUAAAUAUGAAUGUCAUUUGUGUCCGAAGAGAUUUAAGCAACGAACGGCAUUGAAGGAACACUUGGCCCAUCACAGUCAGACACCGCUGUACACCUGCACUUAUUGUCCCAUGCAGUUUAUUUCAAGCGGUAAUAUGCACGCUCAUCGUAAAAAUGCCCAUCCGCUGGAAUGGUUAGAGGAUCGUCGAGCCAAGUAUUCUGGAAAAUUGCCACCGAAUCACAUACCUCCAUCUACACUGCCCAGAGAUGAAAGUGAUACGACAUAUGAUAGCUGAUGUCGUUUUAUAAGUUAAAUUUAUACAUUUUCUUUGACUAUUUACAAUGAAUUGUAUAUAAUUUUUGUAAGUGUAUAUAUGUAAAUGUCUUCUAGAAAAUUGUAAAUAAAACAAACAAUAAAUUCA